UCUUAAUAGCGCAUUAUUAAAAAGAAAUCACUAAACACUUCAUAUUGUUGUAAGAUCAUUAAAAUUAGAAAAAAUCACAAAUUCGGUAGAGAUUACAAACUUUAGAUUAGGGAAGAAAUGCCUCGUGCGUUUUUAUUGAAGCGAAACACUAAAGGUUUAUCAUUAAGCGAAGAUGAGAAUGAAGAUAGCGACAGCGAUUCUUGGAAAAUUGAAUCUUCAAUGGAACAAAAAAAUUUUAGUUUAGAAGAUGAAGUUGACGAUCAAUUAAGCAGUUCAAGCGAAUCGUCGUCCGGUGUAAGCGAGUUAUCGUCGCUUUCAAGCGAACUAUCCGGUAAUAGCAGCGAAAAAGAAAAUCGAAUUGAAAACAUUCUUAAACAAGAGGAAAAUAAAGAUGUUUCGACUUCACAAUUUCCCCGUUCCUUUUUGGAAUUUUUGAAUGAUGAGCGGAUUCAAAAAAGUCUGGCUUCCUUCAAUUAUCACAGCUGUAAAAUAGAGAAUAACAAAAGAGCCAAUGAAAAUUACUCCAAACCAUUAUACUUUACACCAACAUCAGCUGACCGUCCUCUUCAUCAAUUUCCGAUGCAGAACUAUUUAUCCAGUGGCAUUCGAUCAAUUCAUCAUAGUUAUAACUAUCCAUUGUUCAAGAGUGUACUCCAAGAAAAUCAAGAAAUUCAUCUACAUUCACGAACAAGAGCACAAGAUCGUCUGUACCCUUGCAAAAUUUGCGGUAAAGGAUUUAAACGUUCAUCAACGUUGUCGACACAUAUGAUGAUUCAUGCUGAUAUUAGACCAUUUGCAUGUUCUUUUUGUGGCAAAAAGUUCCAUCAAAAAUCUGAUAUGCGUAAACAUACUUACACGCAUACCGGUGAAAAACCUCAUAAGUGUGGUUAUUGCGGAAAAUCAUUUAGUCAGUCUUCAAACUUAAUCACCCACUGUCGAAAACAUAAAGGUUUUAAACCUUUCCGCUGCACAUCUUGCUCAGAGGAAUUUCAACAAAAAAUUGAUUUAAGACGCCAUAUGUAUAUUCAUCAGAGUAGAUCUCUAAUUGAUAUUGAAAAUAUAAGUUUAAAGAAUUAAGCAACAUUUGUGUGUUAUCGAGAAACUAAACGACGUUUGUGUGUUAUCGAGAAACUAAACGACCUUUGUGUGUUAUCAAGAAACUAAAUGAUGUUUGUGUAUUAUCAAGAAAUAACAUGAUAUUGCAUUCUGGAAUCACAUUGUGCUUUAUAAUGAAAGAGGUUAUUCUAUUAUAUCUCCAUAAAGAUCUUUUACAUAUAGAUAACAUUAUUGUGCAUUGUUUUGUCUACAUUAUACACUGAUUAUAAUAAGCAUAAUAGAUUAUUUUUAACUACGCUUAUUGUAUUGCUCAAACCAUGGUCACUGUGAACAGUAAAAAAGAAAAGUACUAUACUAAAACUCAUUCUUCAAAAGAAUUUGAUCAGACAUCUACGUAUAUUUUUAUGGCUUAAAUCAUAUAAUAUUACGUUUGAUUAAAUUUUAUAUAUUUUUGAUUAAACUUUAUAAAGAUUAAGUAACUAGCAGAUUUUAUUAAAAAAUUUUUGUGACUUGAGUGCAUUUAGUCCUAGGCUCUUUGAUUUAAAUGUUUUUAGCCAAUGUUGUAUACAAUGUUGUAUAAAGUUAAUGUUACUUUAUUUGUUUUUGAUAUUUUAAAAAGUGAUAUAAGUUUUAUAAAAUCAAAUUUUAUUACAAAUAGAAUUAAUAGUUACUUAUGUUUAUUCUCACUCACCUUUGAAGGUGAAAAUAAACAUUGCAGAACAAAAGUAAAUAUUUAAACAGUACAUAACGUUGCAGGUUUUAGUACUGUUGAAAUUUUAUUUAUUGAUGUUGUUAUAACUGAUUUGUUUUUUUAUCGUUAUUGUUGCUAUUGUGUUUGGUACUGUUGGUGUUUUAAUCGCUUUCGUUGUUGUCGUUAUUGUUGCUGUUUUAAAUAUUUUUGUUACUGUCGUUGUUGUUGCUCUUAUAACUGUUGUUACUGAAAUUGAUUCAGAUGUAAUUGUUAUUGCUAUUGCUAAUUAUGUUAUUUUUGUAGUUGUUUUUGCUAAAGCCUUAAUGUUUCUGUUGUAGUUUUGCUGUUGUCGGUAUUGCAGCAUUUGUAAUUAUUUUGAUAUUGCCGUAAAUGUUUCUGUUGUAACAUUGUUAGUGUCAACAUUGCUGCUGUUGUAAUUGUUUUUGCCGUAGUCGUUAAUGUUUCAGUUGUAAUUUUGUUAAUGUCAACAUUAUUGCUGUUUUAAUUGUUUUUGUUAUAGUCGUUUAUUUUUCUGUUAUAAAUUUGUUGUUGUCGGUAUUGCUGCUUUUGUAAUUAUUUUUGCUAUUGCCGUUAAUAUUUCUGUUGUAACACUGUUGGUGUCCGCUGCUGUUGUGUUUUAGUCACGUUGUUGUUGCUGAAAUGUUAAAGUUACACAAUUUUAAUGUAUUCUUAUGAUCUUAUCGUUUUUAUCAUAUUUUUUCUAAAGUACAAUGUAUAUAUUUUUUAAUAAUAAUUAUUUUUUAUUUGAUUGUUUAUUUAUAACUUUAAUUAUUUUUACAAAAUAUUUACAUUUUUAAACUAUUUAUUCAUAUUUUACUUGAAGAUUUUUUUAUACAGCAAAAACUUUGUAAAUUUAAACUGCCUCUAUUAUAAACAAUAUUAUAUUGUAUUAUAUCCAGUAAUGUAAAAUUUAGUUUACUUUAAAUAUAUACUGUUAUACUAUUUCUUGCUGCAUAACAAGAUAUGGCAAAUUUUUAA